AUGGAUUGUUUAAGUAAAAUAAAUUUAAUUCGAAAAGUAAAUGAAGAAUUAUAUAACAGUAUAGGGGUAGAAGAUGAUAACCUUUCCGAGUUUUUAAUUUACUUAUGUGAAAAAUCUACAUCCUUAGAAGAAUUUUGUAAGGAUGUUUUUGAAAAUGGAGGGGUGAUUGAACAAGCCGUUCUUAAAUAUAUAUAUAAUAUGAUUAAAAAGGAUAAUAAAAAAAAAGAUCAUAAUAAUGAUGAUGAUGUAAAUAGUAAAGAAAAUAUUCUUUUGCAGAACUUAAAUUAUAAUGAUAAUAACUUAGAAUAUAAAAAAAUAGAAAUGAAAAAUGAAAAGAUGAAAAAAUAUCAUUGCCUAACUUUAAAAAAUGAAGAUAUUAUUAAUUUAGUAGAUAGUGAUGAAAAUGACAAAAAAGAAAAAUCUAUAAAAGGUACAAAAGAAAAGAAAGAAAGUAUAGAAAUUAUAUCUAAACAAAAAAAUAGUGAUAUAAAUGUUACUACACUUGAUCUUAGUGAUUCGUCUUAUCAAAAAAAGAAAAGAAAAAAAAAAUAUUCUACAGGUGGUAGCAGUAAGAAUACCGAAUCGUCAUUUGAAACAAAAGAUAUAAAAAAGGAUAAUAAAUAUGAAAGUGGAAAGAAAAGAAAAUAUGAUGAAAGGUAUUAUGAUCGUCAUAGUAAAGAACAUCCUCAUAGUAAUAAACAUCGCCAUAGUAAAGAACAUCACCAUAGUAAUAAACAUCGCCAUAGUAAAGAACAUCGCCAUAGUAAUGAUCAUGGCCAUAGUAAAGAACAUCACCAUAGUAAAGAACAUCACCAUAGUAAUAAACAUCACCAUCGUCGUCAUAUAUCCUCUUCGUCCGACUCCACUAAUUACAACAAUAAGAAGAAAAAAGAAAAAAAACACAGUGAUAAAAAAAAUGAGGAACAUAAAUCUUAUGAUGAUUAUAUGAGCCUGAAGCUUAAUAACAUAUUCAACGGCACUAUAAAUAAAAUUACCGACUUUGGAUUAUUUGUUUCCUUUAAAACUAAUGAAGGCUACAAAGAAGGACUUGUCCAUGCUACAGAUAUAUUACCAAAUCGGAAACGUGUAGUUAAUAUGAACGAAAAGUUUAAAAGAAAUAUGAAAGUAAAAGUAAAAGUGAAAGGCAUUUUCAAUCAAAAAAUAAGUUUAAAUAUGUCUGAAGUAGAUCAAAGAACAGGGAAAAAUUUAGUAAAUGAUGAUAUAAAUAAAGAAGAAGAUAAUUAUAUUUCUUUAUUUGAUGAUAUAAAUGAAGAUUUUAAUGAUUUAAAAAAGAAAAACGCACAUGUAUUCAAAGAUGAUCCAAAGGAAACUUUAAAAUAUGAAAGUGUUAUUAAAAUACAAAGUGAUUAUUCUAAAUGGGAAAUACAACAAUUAAUAAAAAGUGGAGUUGUAUUUGAUGAAAAUAUUAAAAAUGAAUAUAAAAAUCUAAAAAUAGAUGAAAAAAUAGAAGAUGAAGAAGAUAUUAUUGAAAUAGAAGUAAACGAAAAAGAACCUGCUUUCUUAAAAGGACAAACAACAAAAGCUGGUGCAAAAUUAUCACCCAUACAAAUUAUUGUAAAUGCUGAAGGAUCAUUAGCUAAAGCUAUAACAACUACAUCAGCAUUAGCGAAAGAAAGAAAAGAACAAAAACAAAAUGAACAAAAUGCAAUAUAUGAUAAUAUACCUAAAGAUAUUAGUAGACCUUGGGAAGAUCCAAAACCUAAUUUAGGAGAAAGAACAAUAGCAGAGGCUUUAAAAAAUAUUGGAAAAAAUUAUGAUAUACCAGAAUGGAAAAAAAAUUAUAAUAAUAAUAAUAUUUCUGUAGGGGUUAAAAAUACAUUACCAAUAAAUGAACAAAGAUCAAAAUUACCAAUAUAUAAUUUAAAAAAUGAUUUAAUGAAAGCUAUCGAAAAAAAUAAUGUUCUCAUUGUUAUCGGAGAAACAGGUAGUGGGAAAACAACACAAAUACCACAAUAUUUACAUGAAGCAAAUUAUACAGAAAAAGGUAUUGUUGGAUGUACACAACCUAGAAGAGUAGCAGCUAUGUCUAUUGCUAAAAGGGUAAGUGAAGAGUUCGGAUGUAUUUUAGGACAAGAAGUAGGAUAUUCUAUACGUUUUGAUGAUUGUACAUCGAAUGAUACAAUAAUAAAAUAUCUAACCGAUGGUAUGUUGCUUCGAGAAACCUUAAGUGACACAUUGUUAACAAAAUAUUCCUUCAUCAUACUUGAUGAAGCCCACGAAAGAACCAUUUCUACAGAUAUCCUUUUCUGUCUUUUAAAGGAUGUUGUUAGAAAACGAGCGGAUUUUAAAUUAAUUGUUACUUCAGCCACGUUAGAUGCAGAAAAAUUCUCAACGUAUUUUUUUAAUUCGCCAAUUUUUACUAUUCCAGGAAAAAUCUUUCCUGUUGAGAUAUUACAUUCCAAAGAACCAGAGAGCGAUUAUGUCGAGGCCAGUCUCAUUACCGUCCUGAAUAUCCACCUGAAUGAACACCCUGGAGACAUUUUAGUCUUUUUGACAGGUCAAGAUGAAAUUAAUACAGCAUGUGAAAUAUUACACGAGCGAAUGAAGAAAUUAGAAAGCAUGUCUCCACCACCUUUAAUCAUAUUACCUAUAUAUUCUUCAUUACCGUCAGAAAUGCAGAGUGUGAUUUUCGAACCUGCUCCUCCAGGUUGUCGAAAAUGCAUUUUAGCUACAAAUAUAGCAGAAGCUAGUUUAACAAUUGAUGGUAUAUUUUUUGUUAUUGAUCCAGGGUUUUGUAAAAUUAAGAAAUAUGAUUCGAAGAGAGAUAUGGAUUCUUUAAUUGUAGCUCCUAUAUCUAAGGCUAAUGCUAAACAAAGAGCAGGUCGUGCUGGUAGAACAGGUCCUGGGAAAUGUUAUAGAUUAUACACAGAAGAAGCUUAUAAAAAUGAAAUGUCAGAAAUGAGUGUACCAGAAAUACAACGUAUAAAUUUAGGUAGUAUAGUAUUAUUAUUAAAAGCUUUAGGUAUAAAUGAUUUUCUUCAUUUUGAUUUUAUGGAUUCUCCAUCAGUAGAAACUUUAAUACAUUCACUCGAAAAUUUAUAUUAUUUAGGAGCUUUAGAUGAUAAUGGCUAUUUAACAAAACUAGGAAAAAAGAUGGCGAAUUUUCCUAUGGAACCAAAUUUAUCAAAAAUAUUAUUGACAUCUUUAAAUUUUAAUUGUACCGAUGAUGUUGUAACUAUUGUUAGUAUGUUAAGUGUACAAAAUAUUUUCUAUCGUCCACAAAAUAAAGCUUUAUUAGCUGAUAAAAAAAAAAAUAAAUUUAUCAUGCCACAAGGAGAUUUAAUUACAUAUUUAAAUAUAUAUAAUAAAUGGAAAGAAAAUAGUUUCUCAAAUUAUUGGUGUCAUGAGAAUUUUAUACAAUCAAGAGCAUUAAAGAGAGCACAAGAUGUACGUAAACAAAUGUUGUCUAUAUUUGAAAAAUAUAAUUAUCAAGUUAAAAAAAGUACUAGUAAAAACGAUGCCACUAAAUAUGUAAAUAUAUGUAAAAGUAUAUGUUCUGGUUAUUUUAAUCAUGUAUGUAAAAGAGAUACACAACAAGGAUAUACAACACUCUUAACAAAUCAACAGGUCUUUAUUCAUCCAUCUUCAACACUCUUUAAUAAAAAUCCUUUAUUUGUUGUAUAUCACGAAUUAGUAUUAACUAAUAAGGAAUAUAUAAGAGACUGUACGAUCAUACAACCACAGUGGCUCAUACAACUCGCACCAAAUCUUUUCAUACCAGCAGAUGAAAAGAAAAUAUCGAAAAUAAAGUUGCGAGAAAAAAUUGAGCCUCUUCACAAUUAUUAUGAGGAGCCAAACGCUUGGCGAUUAUCACGAAGGAAGGGUUAA